UUAUCCACAGUCACACUUCUUCUUAUAUAAGAGUCCCAUUUGAAUUCCCAACUACAAAUCCAAUUCUACUCUCUCUCUCUCUCUCUCUCUCUCCCCCUCUCUCUCUCUCAUGGAGCAUCUCAUUUUAGUACUUUAUGUUGUCCCUGUCUUCUAUUUCCUGUUCUUGGUUUGGAAGUGGGUAGACGCAAAAAGAGAUCAAGAAUGUUACAUUUUGGACUACCAGUUGUAUAAGCCGACCGAAGACAGAAUGCUAAACACGGAGUUCUGCGGGGAGAUCAUCAAGAGGACCAAGAAUCUUGGUCUCCUUGAGUACCAGUUCCUCCUCAAAGCCAUUGUUAGCUCCGGCAUUGGCGAGCAAACCUACGGACCAAGGAUCAUGUUCUCCGGCCGGGAAGAUAAUCCCACAUUGCAGGAUGGGAUCUCGGAGAUGGAAGAGUUUUUCUUUGACAGCAUUUCAAAGCUGUUGGCCAGGUCAGGAAUUUUUCCCUCCCAAAUCGAUGUUCUUGUGGUUAACGUGUCCAUGUUGUCCGUGGUUCCUUCUCUUGCCGCUAGGAUCAUCAACCGUUACAAACUGAGGAAUGACAUCAAGGUAUUCAACCUCACCGGAAUGGGGUGCAGCGCUAGCCUCAUUUCCGUUGACAUAGUCAGGUACCUUUUCAAGUCCUACAAGAAUUUGAACGCUCUGGUCGUGACUUCUGAGUCCUUGAGUCCAAAUUGGUAUUCAGGAAAUGACAGAUCAAUGAUUCUUGCUAACUGUUUGUUCCGGACUGGAGGGUGUGCAAUCCUUUUGACUAACAAAAGGGCCAUGAAACACAAAGCCAUGUUCAAAUUGAAGUGCCUGGUAAGGACACACAAUGGGGCUAGAGAUGACUCCUAUGGCUGCUGCAUACAGAAGGAAGAUGAACAUGGGAGGGUAGGGUUUUAUCUAGGGAAGACUCUCCCAAAAGCUGCAACUCGGGCUUUUGUGGAUAACCUAAGGGUGAUAUCACCCAAAAUAUUGCCAAUGAGGGAACUGCUUAGGUUUCUGGUUGUGUCCUUUGCCAGGAAAAUGUGUCAUAGCUCCAACAAGAGUACUGCUGGGGGAACCAAAACUAUGCUGAACUUUAAGACUGGUGUUAAUCAUUUUUGCAUUCACACGGGCGGAAAGGCAGUGAUAGAUGGCAUUGGAGUGAGCCUUGACCUUAGUGAGUAUGAUCUAGAGCCGGCGAGGAUGACACUGCACCGAUUUGGUAACACAUCGGCGAGUAGCCUUUGGUAUGUUUUGGGCUACAUGGAAGCCAAGAAAAGGCUGAAGAAAGGUGAUACAGUAUUGAUGAUAAGCUUUGGUGCUGGCUUUAAAUGCAACAGCUGUAUGUGGGAGGUGGUGAGGGAUCUGCAGAGCAAUGGAAAUGUCUGGAAUGAGUGCAUUGAUGCGUACCCACCAGAGUCCUUGACCAACCCUUUCAUGGAGAAGUACGGCUGGAUCAACCAGGAAGAUCUAAGCACCUUCAAAAUCCCAGAUCAGUAAAUCAAGAUACUUAAAAAAAAAAAAAAAAAAAAAAAAAAAAAUUCCUAGUUAUUGCCAUCAUGAUCGAUUUCUACUUAAUAAAACAAAACAAAAAACACUUCCCAUCUGUCA